GAGAUGUGCAUUUUUGCUGCUUGUGUUUUUUUGGGAGUCCUAUUUGCACACUACCAGUGCUUGGAGUGUCCUUUUGGCUGUGAAUGUUUAGCAGUCACCCGCACGGUGAACUGUGUCUCUAUGGAUUUGCUCAUAGUGCCACAAAACAUUCCAGGAGAUACCCGGAAUAUCAUCAUCACAGGGAAUAAUAUACAUAAAAUCGGACCAGAGUCGUUUACAGAACUGCAGAAUGUCACUAACAUCAUUUUAAACAAUAACAGGAUCACAGAGUUGGCCUCUCACACCUUCGCUGCCCUCACCAACCUGCGCUCCUUGGAUCUCAGUGGUAACCAUCUGGCACUCAUCCAUCCAGAGGCACUCAGCAUACCUGGAAGUCCCCUUCAGGAGCUCAACCUGAGCCGCUCACUGCACAACUUCACCGCCCUGACGGAUUUGGUCACAGCUCUUCGCUGGGGCAGACUCUGGGGUCUCCUGCACCUCGACCUUUCUGGAAACCUCCUGGCCCUUGUACCACCUGGGAUGUUCUCCCACGUUCCCAAUCUGCAGCAGCUAUGGCUCAGGAACAACUCUUUGGUGGCUGUCUACACAGGAACCUUUUCUGGCAUGGAUCACCUGGAGAUGCUGGACCUGACACACAAUGCCUUUGAAGCAUUUAGAGCUGGUGCUCUUCAAGAGUUAGAGAGACUUGGGAAUGCCCAGAUCUUUCUUGGUAACAACCCGUACAUCUGCUCCUGUGAGAGUCGGGAUUUUGUGACCUGGCUAAAUAAAACCAAAGCCCAGGUGGAUGUUGAUACGGUUAGAUGUGCGUCACCGGAGGAAUUAGCCAACACCCGGCUACAAGGACUCACUGUCCAAGUCAUCGGUUGUGUAAUUCCCGUCCUUGCUGAGGUGACUGACCUCACCUUGGGGACGUCCUACGUUUUCCUGGGGCUGGUGUUGGGCUUCGUGGGCAUGGUUUUUCUCUUUGUACUCUACCUGAAUCGCAAUGGUAUGAAGAAAUGGAUCAUAGAAACAAGGGAUGCAUGCCGAGAGGUACUGGAGGGCUACUACUACCGGUACGAGAUUGACUCGGACCCUCGGUUGGGUCACAUCACAUCACAGCAAAGCCAUUUGGGACAAACGCUGUCCCAACAGCUGCCAAAUGAUACUUGUAUAGUCCAGGGCCCCACGGAAACACAAGUCAAACCGGUGGCAACCUCUCCUGCUGUGAACUCAUGAUAUUGGAGUGUCAUUGUUAAAAAGAAUAUGAGAUACAACUGCAUAUCAAUGAAUUAGAAUAUCAUCAAAAAACUAUUUAUUUCACCAGUUCAGUUCAAAAAGGAAAACUCAUAUAGAUUCAUCACCAAGAGUGGUAUUUUUCAAGAGGUUAUUUAUUUAAAUGAUUAAAUAUCUAUGACUUAGAAACCAAGACUAAAAGGAUUUCAAAUAGAGAAAUGUUAUGGCCUACACAGUCAUGGGUAAAACUGAUGUGAUGACAGUUUUUCAGCGGGCAGUCAUUGAUACCCCCCACAAUCAGGGUAUGCCACAGAAAGGUUGUUAAAAAAGAUAAUGGUUGCUGUAUCUACGCUUAUUAUUGGAACAUUACGUGAAAGGAAAAAAUACGGACAAGCAGAGGUACACAAGCAAUAGGGAUAAUGGCAGCUCUCAUUUUAGAAGCAAGUCAAUUUUGUAUUACAUUUGGAAAUCAAAGUCCCAGAGCCUAGAGGAAGAGAGGAGAGAAAAAGAGUCUGACUUGCGUGAGGUUCAGUGGGAGGUUUCCAAAGUCCGUGUUUGUUUGGUGAGCCAUGUCAUCUGCUGAUGUCGCUCUGCUGACAAGCUUUAUAGAAAAGCUGUUUUCAUUUUCGAGUAGGUCUUGGCACCUGCCCACACUGCCAAAACUACCUGGUUUAAUGACCACGGUAUGAGAUACCAGACCUAACAAUGCAGAUGAGCUGAAGGCAGCUUUUAGAGCAGCCUAGAGAGGCUGAACACUUGUGCAGAGCUACAGGCUGAUCUCCUUUAUUCCACACUGCACUGAUGCAACAAUUCAUGCAAAGGAGCCUCAACCAGUGUGGAUAUAGUGUGCAGUACAUAAACUUUAUAAGACAAUUGUUUCUGCAUUAAAAAACAUUUUUAUAUUGCUCUGAUGUAAUAUUUUAAUCUUCUGAUAAACUGAUUUGUGGCUUCAGUUAGCUUGAACUCUAUUUAUACUUGCUGUGUAUGUAUCCUUUAAACCUUACUUUUAAAAGUGCCUUUGUGUUUUCUUAGGCACUAGAAAAUCAUCUGUAAAUAGUUUUCUGCUUUUUAGAUAACCUGUGUCGAUUUUAGUAAUUGUUUAUUAUAGUAUUAGCAUCAUGACUAUACACAUUUGGAAACACCCCUUGAUUGAUGGCAGUUCAAAAGCAUGGAAAAUGCAUGAAAAAAAAGAUAGGAUAGUAAAAUAUGUAACGUAUUAAUUAUACUUUAGUAAA